AUGGGACAUGAUAUUGAAUCGGGUGAGGAAAUACAAGAUGCAAUAAAGGAUCUGGCAGGAACUCAUGUUGCAAAUAUCAUACCCAAUCAUGAAGCAAAUUGCAGAUUGGGAACGAUGCAUGGAAUUUCUAACUGGCAUGAAUGGGCUUGGCCAGAUGAAGAAGAGGAAGCCGGCUAUAUUUUGGCUAGGUCGUUACCAUGA